AUAGACGACUACAAGAUUACCUGGACCACGAAGCACACCGUUUAGGUCAGAAUUUGUGCUUGUUCGCGUGUGUUUUCCCUUCUUCGAAGUUAACGCAUAGACGCAUAAACGAACAUGGACGUCAGCUUGGAAGAGACAUCGAUGUGGUGCUUCUAACUGUCUUGUAAUGAUUGACGUUCUCCGUUAUGUUUGACGCAGGCUGAGCGGGUUAAGAAGCGUAACACUUACACUACACAGUCUACUAGGGAAACAUGAAGUCUGCAGCGACGGUCAGUGUGCCACUCUUGGUGAUCUGUUUCUUCGCGGGGAUGUGGACUACAGGAGUGUACUACAAUUAUUACACAGAAGCGGUGAACGAAGGAAUCCCUGCGCCACAGAUGAAAUGGAGCCACAGUCAGGUCCGGAUCACACCCCAGGAGGGACUGGACGUCUGGGCGAGACGUAACCAUAGUUACAGUGACGUCACGAAAGUCCUCUACAACAGGCUGCCGAAGUGCGGGAGUAACACCAUGAAAGUCCUCAUCAGAGAGCUGCAGACUAGAAACCGGUUUCAGUUCUUUGAAGACAAGGAUUACGGAAUAAAAGCUCUCCCUAAAAAGCUUUUGCGCGAGUUUGUAAAAAUGGUCGACCAGCUCCCGAGACCGUCCAUUUACGAAAAGCACAUUUACUACGUGGACUUUCAGAAGUUUGGGUUGCAGCAGCCGGCGUACAUUAACCUGGUCCGGGACCCGUUAGAACGGCGGAUCUCUGGCUACUACUACAUGCGGUUUGGACGGAUUGAAGGCAACCAAAAACAGAAGCGAACGCACGAGGAGAAAUCACAGACGUUUGAUGACUGUGUACUAAACGACCUGUGGGAGUGUGACGAGUUUGGACCGAAAACUUUUACGAUGACGCAGUUCUUUUGUGGGCAAGAAUCUAUAUGCAUGGAGCCUUCCCAAAUGGCAGUGGAAACAGCUAAAGAGAACAUCAGGCGGCACUACGCUGUGGUCGGGGUACUGGAGGAGUUCAGCAGCUUCCUGAAGGUCCUGGAGGGGGUCAUGCCGCAGUUCUUCCGCGGAGCUCAUGACACGUGGCGGGAAAUUGAGUCGAAGCAGAUGGAACACCAGAAAACGGCAAUAAAGAUUCCUCCUUCUGAAAAGGCCCGAGAAAUCAUGAGACAAAGAUUGCACCUGGACUAUCAAGUGUACGACUUUAUAAAGGAGAGAUUCCACAUGCAGAAAACACAACUAGGAAUAGAGGACUGAGCAAUGAAAGAUACUUCAAAUAUGUGCAAGUCCGUCCAGGUUGUACAACUUUAGUCAGUGUGGUCUGUACAUUCAUGCUUUUUAACUCUCUGUUAUCGCAAUAUGUGCGUCUUGUCCUUAAUGUUUAUGCAAAUGCAAUUUAUUCUCUUGUUGUGACAUGUACGUAAACCAGUGUGUAUAUAUGUAUAAUAAAGAUCUUCAUCCAUU